UACAAUUCCCAGGAAACACCUGAAGUAGGCUUUCAUAUGUUGUCUGUCAGGUACGUAUUCGUGAGGUCGUAGUCUCUAGCGCAUCAGCUGGAACAACAAAUGGUUUGAGCUCGAUCUUGCUGUAGCGGUUAGAUUGUCAUGAUGGAGGCUGACAACAAACCAGUCUACGAGCAGAGGUUUAGUGCUGCUGUCAAAGUGAUCCAAAGUUUACCUUCAAACGGUUCAUUUCAGCCUUCCAAUGACAUGAUGCUGAAAUUUUAUAGCUACUACAAGCAAGCAACACAAGGCCCCUGUAACAUUCCCCGUCCAGGAUUCUGGGACCCUAUUGGCAAAGCCAAAUGGGAUGCGUGGAAUUCUCUUGGGGAAAUGCAGAAGGAGGAGGCGAUGGCGGCCUAUGAAGAUUUGAAACUGAUUCUGGAAAGUAUGCCUGUAACAAAUGAGGUCGAGGAGCUUCUGCAGGUCAUUGGGCCAUUCUAUGAGCUCGUUGAUGAAAAGAAGAAGAUAACGCAGGUGUCAGAUUUGACCACAGGGUUUGGGAGCAUGCUAACAUCACCACCCAAAAGUGUCACCAAAAGCAUCAUCAGGACGAUGGAGAUGAACGGCAGCCUGGACAGUUACCCCAUCAAAAUAUCAGAAACUCCACAGACUAAAUCAAUAGACAUGGAAGACGGAGAAGAUGAUAAUGAGGAGGAAGAGGAGGAGAAAGAUGAAGAAGAGGAGGCUAAAGAGGUGAAAAAAGCCUCACAACUGAAGAAAAAGGCUUCUGCAGGAAGACCUAAAGGACGGGUAUCUAAUGGGAGUAUCGGCCAACAUAAAGUCCUUGCCAAUGGAACGCACGGGUCUAAGUCUGAUCUGAACAGGCAGGAGUCAGAAGAAGACGCUGAAAGCUUUAACCACGAUAGAGACGUCAUAGAGCUGAAUGGACACAUCAAAGAAGACGUGUCCAGUUCUCACCAUGUGGGCAGUGAUUCGGACAGCGAGGUGUACUGUGACUCCAUCGACCAGUUUGGUGGAGAAGAGGGAUCUGAGCUACAUGUCAGCCACUCACUGGACGUGGCCGAGGAGAGCCACAGCACACUAUCCUCCACAGAAGAGAUCAGAUCACAAGAGGAACUGCUGGGACGGGAGGAAGGAGUACAGCAUGGUGGAGAAGACGGAAGGAGCAGCAGAGGCGGUUCUCAGAGGCAGGCACUUCCUGCGAAUAGAAGUGACAGUUCUGUGGUCAGGAGGGGAAGAGGGUCCAGGUCACCUGCCUUUGGCUCGAGGUCAGCGGGACCACAGCAGGGCAGUGGGGGAGAUGGGGAACGCUGGGGGACGGAUGGAUCGACAACACAGAAUCUGAAUGAACAGAUAAUCUGUGCUCUGGCCAGACUGCAGGACGACAUGCAGAGCGUGUUAGAGAGGCUACACACGCUGGAAGCUCUCACAGCCUCACAGGCCCGAUCCUUAGCGCUGCCAUCAGACUACCUGUCACCACCUGCAAAUAAAACGAAGAAGAAGCCAUCCUGGUGGCCUUUUGAUGUGUCUCCAGGAACUGUGGCCUUUGCGGUCAUCUGGCCGUUUGUGGUGCAGUGGCUCAUCCGUCUGUAUCUGCAGCGCAGGAGAAGAAGAAUCAACUGAAAGGAAUGGACACCUCUGCAGACCCAGAGGAGAGUUUCUCAGCCUGUCCCGUGAUCUCUAACUCCUGCUUUUGCACUAUGAUGACAACUCUAAGAACUAGCUAAUGGAAAGACAGAGUGAAUGUACGGCGAUGCAGCUUAUCACAAGCUUUUUUGUACUUUUUCUUUUUUUAAUGUAACAACUUGCUAAGUCACAAGUCCCCAAUUUCAAUAAUUGAAAGUAGACUUUUCAUAGUAGUUAUGAAAAUCCGGUUAAUAGAAAUUCAUUAUUAACGGAAUUUCAGUAAUUUAUGUCAAGUAUGUAAUCAUUCAGUGUUCUGCGCACAUAGCUGCUAUCUGUCAUUAAUACUGUGGAAGAUGCAAAGGUGAUUUCUGCUUGAAUAUCUCUCUGAUUCUUGCCGUGUUUGACAGAAAAGAGCCCAUAUUUGGGGUCUGAAGCGUAAUGGGAAUAAAUCAGGACUCCCCAGAUUGUAUGAUUAAGAUUUUUAAAUGCACAUACAUAUCUAGACAUAGCAUUCUCUUAAAUGAUCUGUGGUGCUCUUUAAAGCUAUAAUGAAAAAAACAUGCAUAUUAAACUGAGCCUUUGCUUUGGAAAUCUGAGAAAAGAGUCAGAAGGCAAUACAGAAAAUUACGAAUUACGUUCUUUAUCUGUUCCAUAUCCCAUCUUGAUGCCUGCCUGCAAAGAUCUGACCU